AUGACCAACAAACUCUCCUAUCCCGGUCUCAAAUGCGUUCUCGAGUACUUGGAGGCAAAUUUACGUAUCCACAUCACCGCCCGUAGUCCCGCCCUCCGAAAAAUCGAAAAAUCGAUUCCUAUCCAUCUAGAAUUUCUAAUGUUCAGUGAUAAUAUUGGUUUGAACGAUAUGCAGAUGAGAGUGUUUUACAAUAACCAAAUUAUGUUCAGAAGGGGAGAAAACGAGUACCGUAGGCCAUAUCCAAUGGACUUGGAAAUCGAAAAGGCAGUGGAUAUGUUGGAAGAUUAUUAUUUGGGAGGAAGAAUGAAUAUUUAUGCGAAUCAUUUUUGGGUUUUCAACAGAGAAGUGGAUAGUUUUCCAAAGUUCAACGCGACAACUAAUAAAAUGACAGUUUAUGAAUUUCUACUGGGCGAUAUUCUCCAAUAUAUCAAUCCUAAUAGUUUCCCUCUGAAACAGCUGUCUAUCGAUUGUAUUGAUGAUUUGAACCAUCCACAUAUUUGUUCUGCAAAAAAGCUUUGCAUUGAAUUAAGUGAAGAACAAAACUUUGAAGAUCCAACUAAAAUCAACUCAAUUCAAAACAAAGAUGUAGAAUUAAUCUAUGACUUCCUUGAACGGACCAAUGUAGAGGGCAUUAUCAGGCAUUGGAUGGAAAAUGGGAAGGAAACAGGCACCACUUUUGCAUUCCGUGGCCGUGACGGUGAUCCGACCAACGAGAUUGUGACUGACCUGAGAAAUGAGUUCAGCGAAAUUUCGAGUGAAUUAACCGGAGUUAAUGAUCAAUACCCUAAUGGAACACCAGGUUUCUCCAUUCCACUAACAUCCUCAUCGAAGAUUCUUGUAUAUGGACGAAGAAAUUCAGAAAGAUUUUCAAACGAGGAGCUUGUCUUGAAUGUUGUGAGCAGUCAAGCUGACGACAGCACAAUGGAGAUGGAACACUAA